AUGACAAUGCUGCAUGAUAACAAGACAUAUGAACAGCUGCAGACCAACCCUACCAACAAAUUUAAAAGACGCCUCAUUUCUAUUCUGACUAGAUUAAAACAAGGGAGCAAAAUCACCGAAAGCCAGUAUAGAUAUCUGUAUCCCACAGCUGAAAACACCCCGAGAAUAUACUGCACACCCAAGAUCCACAAGCAGGGGAACCCACUGAGGCCUAUUGUGGACUACACUGGAUCCAUUGGUUACAACGUUUCCAGGUCACUAGCAGACAUUCUUGGACCGCUAGUGGGGAAAUCGGAACAUCAUGUCAGGAAUUCUAAACAUCUAGCAGAAGCUAUGUCCACCAUCAUGAUCCAAGAGGAUGAACAAUUUAUUUCACAUGAUGUUGUUUCUCUGUUUACCAAUACUCCCAUUGAUGAUGCACUGAAAAUCAUUCAAAAACGCUUAGAGUCAGACAGAUCCUGGCAUAAAAACACAAACCUCCAGAUCAAGGACAUCAUGGAUCUGCUAGAAUUUGUACUAACCACAACAUAUUUCACAUUCCGAGGCAACAUCUACCAGCAACGCUUUGGAACUGCUAUGGGGAGCCCAGUGUCGCCUAUUGUCGCCAAUCUGUUCAUGGAACAUCUAGAACAGCAAGCAAUAGCCACUGCCCCCAUAGAUUGCAAGCCAAGCCUAUGGAAACGAUAUGUCGAUGACAUUUUAGAAAUAAUCAAGAAGGGAUCACAGAAAGAUCUAACUAACCACAUAAACACUAUUGACACCACUAACAACAUCAAGUUUACAUGUGAGGAAGAAACCAACUGCGGAAUGCCCUUCCUAGACACACUUAUAGCCAGAAGAGAAGACGGAACAGUGAAGUUAUUGGUCUACAGGAAAAAGACCCACACAGACCAAUACCUCAACUUUAAAUCCCACCACCCUUUACAUCAGAAGUUAGGGGUCGUACGCAAGUUGCUCAAUCGAUGUGAGACCAUAGUCACAGAACAACAGGACAAAAUUCAAGAGCAGAGCCACAUCAUGAAAGCAAUGAAAAAUUGUGAAUAUCCGGAAUGGGCCCUUAAACGGGUACAAAAACAGUGUCAAAAUAAAGGAAAAAAACAGAAAAAGACCUAUGAAAGAUCAAAACAAAACAAAAAUCCAGGUGGUCAUCCCAUAUAUAAAGGGUAUAUCUGA